AAUUGCGUUCAAAUUGGUGUCAAACCCUUCGGAUACCAUAACUCUGGCGCCGAAGGGUUGGCCCAAAACACUAGUUUAGGACUUUUUAGAGCCGAUUAUAUGAUGAAUGAAUGCGGCGACGGGUAUAACAUGAAACAAGUGGAGGUUAACAACAUAUCGUCCAGUUUUGCUGGUUUGGCGCCCGCUGUCAGACGAGUCCACAAACAUAUUCUCUCGAAAUAUACUGAUAUCCAAGACUUGGACAACAGAUUGCCUGAGAAUAGAUCUCCCGAACUGAUGGCCGACGGACUUAUUCGAGCUUUUAAUGCCUAUAACCACUCAAAUGCUGUCCUUAUGGUUGUGGUUGAGUCACAAGUUGUCAAUAUUUUUGAUCAAAGACUUAUUGAGUUUACGGUUUCGAAGUCGAGACCAGAUAUUAAGAUAAUUAGAAGAAGUUUUGAGGAUUUAAGGGAAACGGCGAGACUUAAUAAUAAUAGAGAGCUUAUAGUUGACGGUAAACACGAAGUGGCGGUCGUUUACUAUCGGACGGCUUAUGCGCCCGAAAACUAUGGGGGAGAAGAGGACUGGAAUGUGAGACUUCUAUUAGAGCGCUCGAAGGCUAUCAAAUGUCCGUCCAUUCAGUACCACAUAACCGGUUGUAAGAAAAUACAGCAAAUUGUUGCCAAUCAAUCAGUUUUGGAA